UCUAAUUCAUUAUACCAUCAAACGAUUAAUGAUUUUUUGAAUUUGUUCUUUUCUAACCAACCAUUUUGUUAAUUUGAAAGAGUGAGACAAAAUUGUUGUUGUUAAAAUGAAUUUACACACCCGUCAAACAAUUCUGAAUAUAAAUGUAUCAUUAAAUGAUACAGAUUAAUGAAUAAUAUAGUCGUGUGUAUAUAAAAACAAUAUAGCGAUAUAAGAAUUGAAUUUCCAGUCUACAGAUUAUAAAAAGUAUAUGAUAAGAUAUACAUUCAAAAGAUAAUUUACAUGUGUGGAUACGAUGUGUUUUGUUAAUGUGACAUCAAAAAUGGAUGUUGUUGGCACUGUUAUGGUAGCUGCGUUCAUUGUUAUGUGUUUAUAUUUAUUUUGGAUGUGGUUUUGCUUCGGAACGUGUGUUAUAAGACGACAAAAAACUCGCACGCAGCAGCAGAGGCGGAUGUACGGGAGCUCCAGAACGCGCCCCCCUACCGACCACGAAGAGCCCACUAUAUUUGUCAGUCCCGCCAAUUUGCCCCCACCACCCAAAUAUGAAGCAUUAGCACCACCAAGUUACGAAGAAGCAGUUGCUGUGAACUAUCAAGAGUUCCAGCGAACACAAGCCCAACCUAUCACAUUCCCAUUAACACAUGCUGCCAUACAGAGCUGCAGCAGUGCUGCAAACAACCCUACCAACGUUACUAGUAACGAAGAACUAACACCACCACCAGCAGUAGUAACCGUUACAACAGUAGAUGAAAGAAGAACAUCGGUCGCUCAAUCAUGAUUUAUAUUACGACAAUUAGUGUAAGUUAAUGAUUAGUUUUAAGUGGAGCUUGCAACGAUAUGCAAUACAUCGUUAUAUGCAUAUAUAGCGACUAGUCCUUCAUUAGCACCAGUUCUAGUAGUAUUACUACUGAAGUAUAUUGAUAUACUAGGUGCAGUAUGGCUGUUAAAUGUAUUUGUUAAUGCUAUAAGAUUAUCAUUAUUUUUGAUAAUUCAACAUGAAUUAUUUACAUUGUAAAUUUUUGUAACAACAGUUAAAAAGCAGUAUUGUGUCUUAUUACUAUUAUAUGAUGAGGGCUAUUAAAUAGUUAGCUCAAUUGUUGUAAUAUUAGAUGAUUAAUGAAAAAAUAGAGAAAUACUUGCAAUAUAUUUAUUGUGAUGUUAUUUCUUUGUAAUUUUCUUAUAUAUCUUUUUGCCUAAAUGAUCUGUCUUUAUUAGAGGACGUAAGACUGAUCAUUUUCCGCCAAAUGUUUUAAAUAUUAAUAUAAUUAUCAAAUUGUUAAAUAGUCUAAACUGAUUUGUAGUAGGUAUUCAAUUAUUAUUAGUGAUUUGUAAGAUUUAAUUUUGUUAAGAGCAUUUGCUCUGUAUUGUAUUAUUUAUAGUCAUUAGUAUAUAUUUACUAUAGAAAAGGACGCUCAUAAUAUUUAAGUUCACAUGGAAUAAUCAUUAGUCAUGAAAUUGUUAUUACUCUUGCAAUAGUUCUUUAUUCAUUAAAAAUUUAGAAAUAUUUCUUCGUGUACAUUUUUUAUAUAGUAAAAGCAACUAAAUCUGAAUAAAACCAGAUUAUAAAUACCUUCAAUAGUGUAUCUAUUCUGUCGUAACCACAAAUACUUUCUAGUCAACAGAAACAGUAUAAGAACUUGUUAUAAAACAUGCUAUAGUUACUAACUGGAUAACCUAAUAAUCAUUUUGUAGUUAUCUCUGAAGAAUGAUAUAUAUUUUAAUAUUAAAAUAAAGAACAAUGAUUACUGAACGUCGUAAAGAAUUUGCGACUGUUAUAAACAUGUAAAUGACGUAUAUAAUCGUAUAUACUACAAGUAAAUGUUCAUUGUUUAC